AGAGAACUGCGAACCUGAAACGUACGAUCGCCUGAGGUCCCGCGGGAGGAAGCGGAGGAAGGAGGAGGCGGAGCGGGGAGCAGCAUCACCCAGUGCAUGGUGCUACGGUGUCGGGAGGGGAGUGGAUGAGCAGCCGGAGCUGACCCGGAGAUGGCUGUCCUCAAACUGGCCGACCAGCCUCUUCUCAUCCAGGCAAUCUUCAGUGGAGAUCCUGAAGAGAUCCGAAUGCUCAUAUACAAGUCGGAAGACAUCAAUGCUCUGGAUGCGGAGAAACGGACCCCGCUGCAUGCUGCAGCCUUCCUGGGUGAUGCUGAGAUUACUGAACUCCUUAUCAUCUCUGGAGCUCGGGUCAACGCCAAAGAUAAUAUGUGGCUCACCCCUCUCCACCGCGCAGUGGCUUCUCGGAGCGAGGACGCUGUACGAGUUCUGAUUCGCCACUCGGCCGAUGUGAACGCUCGGGACAAGAACUGGCAGACGCCGCUACACGUUGCCGCUGCCAAUAAUGCACUAAGAUGCGCUGAGGUCAUCAUCCCAUUGCUGAGCAGUGUCAAUGUGUCGGAUCGAGGUGGACGCACCGCCCUGCACCACGCUGCCCUCAAUGGACAUGCUGAGAUGGUAAGCCUUCUCCUCACUAAAGGGGCAAACAUUAAUGCCUUCGAUAAGAAGGAUGGCCGGGCACUGCACUGGGCGGCUUUUAUGGGUCACUUGGAUGUGGUGUGUCUGCUGGUGAGUCAGGGUGCAGAGAUCAGUUGUAAGGACAAACGGGGAUACACGCCACUCCACACGGCAGCCUCUGGUGGAAAGAUUGCGGUGGUCAAACAGCUGCUGAACCUGGCUGUGGAGAUAGACGAGUCCAACGCGUUUGGGAACACGGCGCUCCAUGUGGCCUGUUUUAAUGGUCAAGAUGCCGUUGUCAGCGAGCUGAUCGAUUAUGGUGCCAAUGUCAGCCAGCCCAACAAUAAGGGCUUCACCCCACUGCACUUUGCCGCUGCCUCCACACAUGGAGCGCUUUGUCUGGAGUUCCUAGUCAACAAUGGAGCCGAUGUCAAUGUCCAGAGUCGGGACGGUAAGAGUCCUCUUCACAUGACAGCAGUGCACGGACGCUUCACUCGCUCUCAGACCCUCAUCCAGAACGGUGGGGAGAUUGACAGCAUCGACAAGGAUGGUAACACCCCUCUUCACAUCGCUGCUCGCUAUGGCCAUGAACUCCUCAUCAACACGCUCAUCACCAGUGGUGCAGACUGCACAAGGCGAGGAGUCCACGGCAUGUUUCCUCUCCAUCUGGCUGCCUUGAAUGCUCAUUCUGACUGCUGCCGCAAGCUGCUGUCCUCAGGUCGGAGGUUUAGCAUAAUAUGUAACGACUCGGUCCUGUCUGCAGGCUUUCAGAUAGACAGUCCGGACAGCUUGGGGAGGACCUGCCUUCACGCUGCUGCAGCUGGAGGUAAUGUUGAGUGUGUUAAGUUGCUCCUGAGCAGCGGAGGAGACCAUAACAGGAGGGACAACUGUGGCAGGACUCCCCUCCACUAUGCAGCCGCAAGCCGUCACUAUCAGUGUCUGGAGACUCUGGUGGCUUGUGGCACCGCCAUCAAUGCUACCGACCAGUGGGGGCGCUCUGCGCUGCACUAUGCUGCUGCAUCGGACCUGGACAGGCGGCGUCGUGUUGCUCUGGAGCCGGAGAGCGAAGGAGUUCAGGCGGAGAGAGAGAAGGAGGCAGCACUAUGUUUAGAGUUCCUGCUUCAGAGUGGAGCGACGGCCUCACUAAAGGACAAACAGGGCUACAGUCCUGUCCACUACGCUGCAGCCUACGGACACAGACACUGUCUAGAACUGCUCCUAGACAGAGAUGACAGCCACCAAGACGAUCCUGAAAAUCUGAACACCAGGAGCCCGCUACACCUCGCCGCAUACCAUGGCCAUGCUCAGGCCCUGGAGGUGCUGCUGCACGGGGAGAGGGAAGUGGACCAGGGAGACGAGGCAGGGAGGACCCCUCUGGCUCUGGCUGCCCUCCGGGGCCACACUGAUUGCGUUCACACUCUCCUCAGCCAGGGGGCGUCACCGCACACCACAGACAGGCAGUACGGACGCACCCCAGUACACCUGGCAGUGAUGAACGGUCACACAACAUGUGUGCGUCUCCUACUGGACGAACCAGAUGGUGCAGACCUCGUAGAUGUUGCUGACUCUCAAGGACAGACUCCUCUGAUGCUGGCAGUGGCAGGAGGUCACAUUGACGCUGUGUCCCUGCUGCUGGAGAGAGAAGCCAACGUCAACAUGGCUGAUAACCACGGCCUCACGGCUCUGCACCUUGGGCUGCUGUGUGGUCAGGAGGAGUGUAUCCAGUGUCUCUUGGAGCAAGAGGCUUCGGUUUUGAUUGGUGACUCGCGGGGUCGUACACCCAUCCACCUGGCCGCCGCCCGAGGCCACGCCUCCUGGCUGAGUGAGCUGCUGAGCAUCGCCUGCUCUGAGCCACCGUCGCUACCCCCACUGAGAGACCAGAAUGGAUACACGCCACUGCACUGGGCCUGCUACUACGGUCAUGAGGGAUGUGUUGAGAUCCUGCUGGAGCAGAAAGGCUGCCGCUGUAUUGAUGGGAACCCCUUCACCCCUCUGCACUGUGCUGUAGUGAACGACCAUGAGUCAUGUGGGUCACUGCUGCUGGAGGCGAUGGGAUCAGACAUUGCCAGCUGCAAAGAUGCCAAGGAUAGGACUCCUCUUCAUGCUGCGGCAUUCGCGGGUCAUGCCGAUUGUGUCCAGCUCCUUCUUUCCCAUGAUGCACCCGUUGACGCUGUGGACCAGUCUGGCUGCACUCCACUGAUGAUGGGGGCAGAAAAGGGCCGGGUCGGGGCUCUCGAGGUGCUGUUGACCAGCGCCAACCUUAGUCUGACGGACAAAGAUGGCAACACCGCCCUGCACCUGGCCUGCAGCAAUGGAAAGGAGGACUGUGUGAUGUUGAUCCUGGAGAAGCUUUCUGACACUGCACUCAUAAAUGCCACAAAUGCAGCACUGCAAACUCCUCUCCACCUGGCGGCUCGUAGCGGUCUGAAGCAGGCAGUCCAGGAGCUGUUGUCCCGAGGAGCUAAUGUCCAGACGGUGGACGAGAAUGGUCUGACCCCUGCUCUGGCUUGUGCUCCUAGCAGAGAGGUGGCUGACUGUCUGGCUCUCAUUCUGGCUACCAUGAUGCCUUUCUGCUCCCCUUGCAGCUCCGGGGCCCCCUCCCCAGGCUCCCUGCUGAGGCUGCUGCCCCACCAGGGGGGUAAAAGCCAGGGCACUGGCCCUCGGGGGCCACGCAGCCCUAAGAACCCCUCCAGACCCUCCAGCGAGGGAACUGCAGAGAACGACUCAGAGGAUUCGGAAACCUUCUGACGACUCAGGAGCAACUCUCUAGCCUCCUCUACCUCGAACUGUGCACCUGAACUCCUCACCUUCCCGCCUCCUCCAGGAGCCAUGCAGUGUUUCAGCGCACUCUUGAGGGAGAAGGGUAGAGACUUGGUCAUUGCAAAGCGUUAGUGUUCAGUCAUGGAGGUCCAGAAGGUUCAAUAUUUAACAGCAGGAAACAAUCAACUCAAAACAUUCCUGACUAUUUUCAUAAUAACCGUAACAUAAGUCAUUGACGAGCAUCAAAAGCUGUUGUUUAAAACGUUAAACAAAAGCUUUUGUUGGGUUGUCUCAUCAGUGGAGCAUCAAAAUGUUGAUAUGUAGCAUGUUGCGCCCACCGCCCAAACUUCUAUAAAAAACCCAAUGGCAAGUGUCCAACUUAAUGUCCAGGAUGUGUCUGACCUGGUCUCAGACCACGUUUGGAGGUGGAACCAUCUGGAUGUAAAUUUGAUCGUGGCUGUGGGGCUUGUUCGCUAAAGCAAGUCAUAAAAAUUGAAACGUAGAAAUUAUUUCCAUUGUUAUUUGUUCUGCAGAUUUUAUCCAUAAAAUCCUUGUUUUGUGACAAGUUUUUCAUUUUAUUGUCAAGUGUGACACAUUUAAAAUUUAGCAUCUACUAAGAGCAAAUAUUUAACGUAGAAGUGAUGAAACUGACUAUUUCAGUAUUUAAUUGUUAAUUGUUGCAGGCCUAAUAAGAAAUAAAGUGACAUCAGGAAAAUAAAAAAUUAAAAUCCAGAUAUUUUGAAAUAAUAAAAGCAAACAGUAUUAAUAACUGAUAAUAUAUGACUAAAACCAGUUAUUCAUAUUUAUAAUGUUGUUGUUUUGUUAAAUAUUGAACCUUUUGGCUCCACAGCAUCUGUAUCUUGUUCCUCAUGUGGGGAACAUGAACCGAAUCCUCUGGAGGAACGCCAUCUUUGAUAGGCUGCACUGCCCGGGACUGCGUUGCUCCAUGAAGAACUCAAUCUCGACCGGUUCUGGUUUGGGUCUGCAUGCUUCUGUCAAUUUACACCACGGUUCAAUUUUUUUACACUCACGGGUGCUUAAAUCCAAAUCGACCUCGGUACUUCAACGGCCGCUUGGCACAGCCACUCGCCUCGGAGACUCAUUUUGUCUUCUUAAAAAAAAAAAAAAAAAAAAAGAGGAAGAAAUAAAAGAAGAAGCCAUUUUUAACUGUUUGUAUGAAAUGAAGUGUGAAAUGAAUGAAACGUAUUUUCUAUCUUUUUAUGAUUUUGGCUUGUUGUUGUACCAAAUAUUUGACUUACCCACAUAAAUGAUUAACAUGUCCUGGAGCGUGAAUAGGUACAUUCAGCUUGUUUUUAACAGCCGAAGCACAAAUUAAGAGUUUGUGUAGUUUGAUGAACUGUGGCUGAAAUUUGAACUGUGCAGCGUCCAUGAGAUGAUUUGUAGUUUAAAUGUUGGCACUCUGUCAUAAUUUACCUCAACUGGUAAAGUUCACAGAAAACGACAAGUCAAGGAGAUUAGAUACUGAUUAUGCAUUUCCUCCUGUGUCCGUGUCCAUUCUGUGCAUGCUCGCACACUUUCUACUCCAGGAUAUGUCUGAUUACAGAGACCCAGGCUCUCCACAAAGAUUAAAUUUGUCUAAAAGCAUUUAUUAUUUACACUUGCAUGAUGGUACAAAUACUGCCAGCACUUAAAUUUAAUGUAAAACACCCCCCCCCCCCCCCCCCAGUUCUCUACCUACCAGCUAUGUGUCAUUGUCUCAAAUAUGUCCAGUGCCUUGAUGUCCAUUAAUUUUUUAUUUUUUUUUUAACAUAUAUUCUUUCUCAGUCACAACAACUUAUAUCAACCUACAAAUGUCUAUUGUCAUCACAGCUUACUGUGAAGGGCAUAAAGAUUAGUUACAUGGACAAUUGACAAAAUAAUCUGUUAUUGUAAUGCAUUUUCACAAAAAAUUGAAACUUUUCGGACCAUUUGUCUGGAAAUAUACAGCUUAAGUGUGUCAACUUGCUAUUUUUGUUGAUUGAUAAAAUGAAAAAAAAAAUCUAAAUGCUAACUAGUAGUUAAACAAGUUCAAUCAGCCAAAGUGUACUGCUAGCUGCUAUUUUAACCCUAACAAGCAAACAGUAGCUGCGAUGUUAGUGUAAAUGCAUCUUGUUUUUGCUUAAUUUUUUUUGUUCUGUGGCCAAAACAAUUACUCUGUUAUUUGACUGGCCAUUUGACAGAAUCUGAGAGAGUUCACUUUUUUGCUAUAUUUGUGAUACAUAGAUAUUUAUGCAUAACAAGCAAAUGUUAGCCGCUCCAUUAGCAUGUACGCACAGCUAGCAGCUAUAUUAGCUCAAACAAAUUAAAGUUAGCAUCUUUGUUAGCGUGAAUAAGAUAAAUUAGUCACUUUGUUAGCCUGGAGAUAAUAUUAAUAUUAAUAUUUGUGAGGCAAUAGCUUUUUAAUUUACAUGGUUCCUACUCACAUAAUUCUAUUGUUAUUUGAAAACUCAAAACAUACCACACUUUUUUUCAGACAAACGAUCCAAAAAGUUUUUAGAUUUUUUUUUUGUUUGUUUUUGUGGCUAUUUUUCUUAAUUGAUCAACAGGGAAAAUAAUGAAAUGAAUGAACCAUUAUCCUAAAACACCUUUAUUUUUUAAUUGGUUUUAUUUAACACCUUAACAGGGUAGUCCAACUUAACAACUGAUAAGCUAAAAAAGCUGUUAUUAAUAAUAAUAAUAAUAAUAAUGUGAGAUAUUGUGUUGCACCUAAUGAACAAGAGAAGCUCCAGUCACCUGCUUUACUUACCAGCUGGUUAAUUUCAUUGUCAACUAAUCUGUUAAGAAGACAAAAAUAAUAAUAACAAAGAAGUGACUUCUUAAGUCAAUAUUUCAACAGCAGCACACAAACAUUUCCACCGUCGUCUAAUGGACAGGCAUUUUAUUUAUUUUAUUUUAUUUUAAAAGGUGUGUUUUUGGCACAAAACUAUUUUAUUUUAAAUUUAAAUAAACCAACAGCAACAAUCUGCUUCAGAAUCUUUGUAGUUCCUUGCUGCACGCCCUUCUCUACAUAAAUGAUUAGCUCCUUUUCCAUUUUAUGUAGAUUCAAACACCACAUCAACAACAGCUCCUCACUUUGUAACAGGAGUGUGUUCACAGCAAAAUGGUAAUUUAUUAGAUUUAUUCUACAUUAAAAACUAUGUUCUGCAAACGGUUUUCAGUCCAAAAAAUGUAUAACACAGGUCUUUUUUGUAAAUAAGUGUUAGAUUUUAAGAGUCGAUCUAUCAGGCGACUUCUCCUGUUCGCAGCUGCAGGUUUUCAAAAGUAUUUAGCACCAUUCAUUCGGUUUAACAUGCAAGCAAAAUAAAUUUCUAGCACUUGAAACGGGACAAAAUUUAUACUUUUAUACGUCAUUUAGAAUAAAGCAGUGCAUCUAUUAAACUAUGAUGCCCAUGCUUUUUGUAAUCCUUAUUAAUUUGUCUCUCAUUUGCUGACAGUUAAAUGUCUCCAGCCUACUCCUUUAUGUUGUGUGUGUGUGUGCGGAAGUGUGUUAGCUUAGGUACUGAUACGAAAUCACUUGCUUUUGUACAUAAUGUCAACAGAAAUCAAGUCUUUGUAUGAAGAAAAUCCUCCUCCGCCCGUGGUUUAUAUUCAUAUUGAUGUUUUUAAAUUGAAAUCCCUGAUAAGCACAGAUACUGAUAAGGUUUGUUUGCCAGUAUUAUUAUUAUUGUUAAUAUUGAUCAACCAGAAGAUGAGCUUCACCAGACAAUCGCUAUUGUCAUGUGUGUGAUGAUUUUCCUACCAGUUCCUGAUGCAGUAGAACAUGCUGAGUGCUGUUUGUCAGCUUGUUUUAUAUAAACUGUACAAUUAUAAAAAUCUGUUUGGACUCAC